CUACUCUGCUUCAAUCCACGAUGUACAAAACGGCCUGGACAGGAUCUGCUUCGUCUCUUCCGUCCGACAGAAUAAAACCAUCCUAUUCCAAUACUUCUACACCGAGAAAUCAAGGAAAAGGAAAAGGCAAAGGUCGAGAAACUCCACCUCCGAAGAGCAAACAAGUCCGGGAAAUCGAAUCGUUAUUGAACGCUUUACGUGCGUCGAAUGCACCUAUCAGAGAUCCAAAAGGUGGUUGUUUCUGCCAAGCACGAGAACACGCACUAUCACCAUACACUCCCAUCUGCCGAUCCUGCGGUUUAAUCCUCUGCAUCUUAAACUCCCCGCAAUACUGUUGCCCAUCCAGAACAUGCCUAUCCUCCCUCCUCUCCUACUCUCCGCACGCCAAAGAAUCCCUGCUUCAUCAAUUAGAAUCCCGAUUGUCCGAAACGCUAGCAAAAGAAGCUGCAGAACGCGAACGAGUUAUUGAAGAAGCUAAACGCGAAACAGGAGCCUUCCCAUCGUUGCCAGGAUCCUCGCUUUCUUCCGCAUCAGGAUCUCCAGCUUCGACAAGACCUUCAACUCCACAGCAACAUAAAGUGUUGUCAUUGAACUCGAAGACUAAGAGAGUUAUUGUAACGACUACGACUACGACGAUGAAACCAUCCAGACCGAAUAAUGAGAAAGAGAAUGAAGGGGAUCUGGAAGAAGAAGUUCUUAGAGUGCCACCGCCUCCUAGCCAAGUCACUUUUGCCAAAGGAAAACCAGACCCGAGUCGGCCGUGGAAGAACUACAGAGAUGGAAGUGUGAAAUAUGUGUCUGCGGCAAAGGAGAAGGCGAAGAAGAAAGAGGAAAGAAAGCAGAAUAAGAAGGCAAAGGGGAAGGAACGUGCCGAUGGCGGGAAUGAGGUGCAGGGGAGCUGA